AUGGCCAUGCAAGGUUGGAGCUGCAGGUUAGCCAUGGCAAUUGUUCUUGCAUCAUGCAUCCUUUUGCUCUUGAAUGCAAAUGCUUCAUCCGCUGCUCGCUUAUUAGCCAACAAAACCAGAGAAGAUUCCAUGUCCACGGAGAAGGUUAGGAGAUACAUGCUUGAAAAUGGACUCGCCCAGACACCUCCCAUGGGGUGGAACAGCUGGAAUCACUUUCGCUGCGACGUUAAUGAAAGCAUGGUUCGAGAAACAGCUGAUGCUAUGAUAUCGACGGGACUUGCUGCUAUGGGGUAUCAAUAUGUUAAUUUAGAUGACUGUUGGGCCGAACUUAAUCGAGACAAUGAGGGAAAUAUGGUUCCCAACUCUGCAUCAUUUCCUUCCGGAAUUAAGGCUCUAGCUGAUUAUGUUCACAGCAAAGGGUUAAAGUUUGGGAUCUAUUCUGAUGCUGGAACUCAAACAUGCAGUAAACGUAUGCCUGGAUCACUGGGACAUGAAGAACAAGAUGCAAAAACAUUUGCUUCCUGGGAAGUUGACUAUUUGAAGUAUGAUAAUUGUCAAAAUAAUGAUAUAAGCGUCAGAGAAAGGUACCCACCAAUGAGUGAAGCAUUAUUAAACUCUGGAAGGCCAAUCUUCUUCUCCAUGUGUGAAUGGGGACUGGAAGACCCAGGAACUUGGGCCAAAGAUGUGGGAAAUAGUUGGAGAACAACAGAUGACAUUGAGGAUAGCUGGAAUAGUAUGACUUCCAUAGCAGAUUCAAAUGACAAAUGGGCAUCUUAUGCUGGACCUGGAGGAUGGAAUGAUCCUGACAUGCUCGAAGUUGGAAAUGGAGGUAUGACCACAGAAGAAUAUCGUGCCCAUUUCAGCAUAUGGGCAUUAGCUAAGGCUCCUUUAUUGGUUGGUUGUGAUAUUCGAGCAAUGGAUGACUCCACAUAUGAACUGAUAAGCAACCAGGAAGUUAUUGCUGUAAACCAAGACAAACUAGGAGUUCAAGGAAAGAAGGUGAAAAGUAACAGCGAUUUGGAGGUAUGGGCAGGUCCUCUUAGUGAUAACAAGGCAGCAGUGAUCUUAUGGAAUAGAAGUUCAUCAAAUGCAACAGUGACUGCAUCCUGGUCUGACAUAGGCCUAGAACCGGGAACUAUAGUUGAUGCAAGAGAUUUAUGGGCGCAUUCAACACAAGAAUCGGUUUCAGGAGAAAUCUCUGCUGAAUUAGAUUCACAUGCUUGUAAGAUGUAUGUCCUGACUCCCACAAGCUUUUAA